AAUGGAGUUUUUGAAUCUUCUGUUCAACUACCUGCAGCACCCGUCUUGGGGAACUGGACCAUGACUGUUAUCACUGCGGAUAGUGUUGAAGAAAUGAAGAUAAAAGUACAGGAAUACGUCUUGCCGAAGGUUUUCAUAAGAGUUUACGCUCCAACGAUUUUGCUAAUUCCGAAACGAUUAAUUCGAGUAGCUGUUGAAGCAGUGGACCCAUUUGGGAUGCAUGUUGCUGGCAUGACUCGAGUAGAUUUAUACUUGGACAAAUGGAGUCGCCGACCAGAUCAAUCGAAAACAGUUAAUUCAUCGGGGUUAGCCACCAUGGAGUUUCAUCUCAGAGAAGAGCUAAAACCGGAUGACAAAAUGCAUGGUUUUAAAAAUGUUUUGAUAAAAGUUCAAUUAACAGUGAUGACUACUAACCAGACGGUGAACCACGAGCAGACGAUUCCAGUGUUCAAGUUUCCAUACAAAAUUUCACUGAUGAAGGUUAUGCCACGGUUCACGCCGUGUGUGCCUUUCCCGGUAGAAAUUUCUCUUAAAGAUCACUAUGGAAAAGUUGUAAAGAAUGCUGAGUUUGCUGAGGUAACAGUGCGCUACGAAGGCAGCAAUCUUUUGGAUGAAUCUAAUUUUGUUGAGCGCUUUGAUGAAAGGUUCGAUAAAUAUGGAAUAGCGUCUCUUAUCCUACGCCCACCUUUGAACGCGUCGCGCAUAGAGAUUAAGGUAAAAUAUGACUCAGUUGACUAUGGGAUCAUUGGAAGUAGCGAUAGCGUUGAUUCAAAGCCCAAACAGUCCAUCCAUGUCACAAUGCAGUCUGGUUCUAAAAUUCGUCCCAACUGCGAGGUGAACUUUGACGUGCACUGUUCGGAAAAUAUGGAUCAAUUUUCUUACGUGGUUGGGUCACGUAAAACUAUGAUUACAUCCGGUACUGUACCCGUACAAGAUAAGCAAAACUCUGAGUUUCGAUUGGAGUUAACACCCCAGAUGGCACCCAAAGCCACGGUAUUAGUCUACUACAUACGAAACAAUUCACUGAUCUUCGAUGAAAUUGACCUGAACUUUGAGGCUUUCAACAAUGACUUCAAACUUCAACUCGAUAAACGAGACUAUCGUCCUGGUCAGGAAAUCAAUGCUAAUGUCGAAGCUACUAAUGACUCUUACGUCGCCUUAGGAGCCAUCGAUCAGAAUGCAUUGCUUAUGGGAGCUGAAGGGAGUGAGUUCAACAGGCACAACUUUCUCGAGCUUAUGGAGGGUAUGGAUUUCUUCAUCAGUACAUCAGCGGAUGUGAAAGUUAGUAAGUAG